AUGCGUGCGGCGGCGGCGGCAGGACUGACUGCACCCGGGCUUGGGCGGCCGAGUCGGCGUCCGCGAGCUCGGCAUGGCGAUUCCGGCGACGUCCAUGGGGCCCUCGGCGCUGGGCCAGAGCGGUCCCGGCUCGAUGGCUCCCUGGUGCUCAGUGACCAGCGGCCCGACGCGCUACGUGCUGGGGAUGCAGGAGCUGUUCCGCGGCCACAGCAAGACGCGCGAGUUCCCGGCGCACAGCGCCAAGGUGCACUCGGUGGCCUGGAGCUGCGACGGGCGUCGCCUGGCCUCGGGGUCCUUCGACAAGACGGCCAGCGUCUUCCUGCUGGAGAAGGACCGGUUGGUCAAAGAAAACAAUUAUCGGGGGCAUGGGGAUAGUGUGGAUCAGCUUUGUUGGCAUCCAAGUAACCCUGAUCUGUUUGUCACCGCGUCUGGGGACAAAACCAUUCGCAUCUGGGACGUGAGGACUACGAAAUGCAUUGCCACCGUGAACACUAAAGGGGAGAACAUUAACAUCUGCUGGAGCCCGGACGGGCAGACCAUUGCCGUGGGCAACAAGGACGACGUGGUGACCUUCAUUGAUGCCAAGACACACCGUUCCAAAGCGGAGGAGCAGUUCAAAUUUGAGGUCAAUGAGAUCUCAUGGAACAAUGACAAUAACAUGUUCUUCCUGACGAAUGGCAACGGCUGCAUCAACAUACUCAGCUACCCGGAGCUGAAGCCCGUGCAGUCCAUCAACGCCCAUCCUUCCAACUGCAUCUGUAUCAAGUUUGACCCCAUGGGGAAGUACUUUGCCACGGGAAGUGCAGACGCUUUGGUCAGCCUCUGGGAUGUAGAUGAGUUAGUGUGUGUUCGGUGCUUUUCCAGGCUGGAUUGGCCUGUGAGGACCCUCAGUUUUAGCCACGAUGGGAAAAUGCUGGCAUCGGCGUCAGAAGAUCAUUUCAUCGACAUUGCUGAAGUAGAGACAGGAGACAAGCUAUGGGAGGUGCAGUGCGAGUCCCCAACCUUCACCGUGGCUUGGCACCCCAAAAGGCCUCUGCUGGCGUUUGCCUGUGAUGACAAAGAUGGGAAAUACGACAGCAGUCGGGAAGCUGGAACUGUGAAGCUGUUUGGGCUCCCUAACGACUCCUGAUAGGAGGGCCUGACGCACGAAGGAGGCCCUGGCGCGCUUCCGCUGUGGAGUCCGCUCGGUCUGUUCUCUUGGAGCUGGUGGGCACCCCACGGAUUUAUAAACUGGUGUAAACCACACAGGUCUUUGUCAGGCGGCCCGUCCGGGUCCCUGCCUGUUUCCUGUGUUAGCCGUUGUGCUCGCGCCUUGCCCCCUGCCCGAGGGCUCUGCGGUGAUGACACUGCGCACCUUGUCCCCUGGGGGCCCCCUGUCUGGCUGCUUUUGGGCGUAGGGUGGGCUUUGCUGGCCUUGCUUCUGCUUGGACCGCACCUGUGGGGAUGGGUGGGGUGGGGAUGGAGAUUUUUUUAAUAAUAAAAAAAAUAGAUGUAAUUUUGAGAACUGAGCAUUUCAUAAAACUGACUUUAAUUAUGGGACUUCUACGACUUUAAAAAUUACGGUGGUGGUAUUAUUUUCUUAUGUUAUUAUAGGAAGAUGCAGUUCUACCUUUAAAAAAAAUUUCAAAUAGAAUUUAAAGGUUAGGAUCCUGUCAUUCAGUGUCCUAACCGAGAACUCGUGUCAGUGGAGCAUGAAAUGCACGGACAGUGGCACUUGGAUGACUUUAAGUCAUCAGUUGUUCAUGUGUAUGUAUUCCCGGCUUCGUUCUGCAAAGGAUCUGUAGGCAACAAAUUUAUAAUAAACAUUGAGAAAAGUAGUAAAAAAAACAAACAAAUGUCAAAUCAGGAUAAGACAUAUACGUUCAAAUAGAAAGUCAAGACUGGAGGAAUUAAAAUUAGAAAUAUGCAAGAAUAAAGACCUAAUUGGAUGACUGAACUAAAAUUCUGGCUCUGUACUCCCUGCUGGCAAAGUGAAAAGGGGGUAAGUCAGCUAAUUCUUAUUCAGAUAAGCGCGUGCCAGCUCCUCAGGGAAAGCAAAGCUCUUAUUAGCUCUUACCUCCGAAAGAAGUGGCUCCUGUAGGGGGUAGUUACCUGUGGGCAGUGUGUUGAUUUUCAUUGUAUUUUAAUGUAUUUAGGCAUUAGGGGGGAAAAAAAAACCCAAACCAAAAUACACCUCAGUAAGUGAUGUUCGUAGAAAACUUUGGAAAAACCAGGUAAGCAAAAAGAAUUUUAUUCCUAGCGCCAGGAGAUAAUCACUAUUAGCACUUCUGCAUGUAACCUUCCAGGAGUUUUCCUGUGCUCAUAUUUAUGUAUAAAAACAUGUCUAUAAAAAUGUUGACGGGUAGACAAGUCAAAUAUGACAAGGUGCAGCGUACGAGGUGCCCGGCACCGUGUCGGGCAGUGUAGGAAGCACGCGUCUUCAUAGACGUUUUCCGUUACCGGACACCCCCUGUGUGUCGGUACUGUGAUGAGCGCAUCUUUCAGGUUUCGCAGCAGCCUUCUGAGCUUGGGUACUGACACCACUUUCCUACCACAGGGAGUUCAACUCAGUGUUACUCAUUUAGUGACGGUGUUCAGAUCUAGAUUCGCUUAAAGGCCCAGUAUGCCUUCUUUUGCAAUGGUUAUCCGUUUCCACUUUACAGAAGAGUAAACCUUGGCUCUGAGUGGUCAGCUCGUGGUCCAGGUUAGCGAGUGCUCGAUUGCGCCCCCUCUUCAAGGCUCAGGAGUGUUUCUUCCAGCCCAGGAGAGCCUCUGCCUUCACCUUCCCUGAAGAAUGGUCUUUUUAGUUACAAAUCCACUUGUCACUGCAUGUGAGAAACCCCGUGUGGUGCGUGUCACUGGGAGUAAACGUGGGUGCACUGUU